AGAUCCACCGUUAAAUGACAUUCAAGUAAUAAUUUAAAGUUAACACAUACUAAGUUAACCAACAAGGAAGGUGGUUUAUGGCCUUGGGUUGAGUUUCCCCUUCUUUUCUUGUCUGAUCUUGGUCGUGGUGGUAUAUUAUUUAUUAGAAAUCAAAAUUUUGAAGUUUGGGGGUGAAUUAAAGGAACAUGUUCCUAAUUGGGAAAUAGUCCCUCCGUCGAACCAGAAAAAAAUUGGUGGGGUAAGAAAACUAAAAUAUUUCAAUUAUAAACUAUAAAUACCCUUUCAACAUCUCCAUCUUCAUCCUUUGGAUUGCUCUGUAUAGAUUUUGUUCUUCUGAAUUACAACUUCUACAUUCAAUUGAUUCAAAAACAAUUAAAAAACAAAAUCUCACACAAUGACUGCUGAUUUCGAUGUUGAAUAUGUGUUAUCUCAAUUAACCGUUGAUGAAAAAAUCGGUUUAUUAGCUGGUAUUGAUUUCUGGCAUACUUUCCCUGUUAAAAGAUUGGGGGUUCCAAGUCUUAGAUUCAGUGAUGGUCCUAAUGGUAUUAGAGGUACUAAAUUCUUUAAUAGUGUUCCAUCUGGUUGUUUCCCUUGUGGUACUGGUUUAGCUGCUACUUUUGAUAAAGAAUUAUUACGUAAAGCUGGUAGAUUAAUGGGUGAAGAAGCUAAACACAAGGGAGCUCAUGUUAUCUUAGGUCCAACCAUUAAUAUUCAAAGAGGUCCUUUAGGUGGUAGAGGUUUCGAAUCCUUUAGUGAAGAUCCUUAUCUUACUGGGUUAGCUGCUACUGCUAUUAUUAAAGGUAUUCAAGAUGAAGGAAUUGCUGCUACUAUCAAACAUUUUGUUUGUAAUGAUUUAGAAGAUGAUAGAAAUUCUUCUAAUUCGGUCUUAUCAGAAAGAGCUUUAAGAGAAAUCUAUUUAGAACCUUUUAGAUUAGCUUUGAAAGAUUCAAAUCCAAAAGCUCUUAUGACUUCUUAUAAUAAAGUUAAUGGUGAACAUGCAUCUCAAUCAAAAAGAUUAUUACAAACCAUUUUAAGAGAUGAAUGGGAAUGGGAUGGUACUAUAAUGUCUGACUGGUACGGAACUUAUACCAACAACACUUCCAUUGAAAAUGGUUUAGAUCUUGAAAUGCCAGGUCCAACCAAUUUUAGAAGAAUUCAAGAAUUAAAACACAUGAUUUCAACUAAAGAAUUACACAUUAAAGAUGUUGACGCUAGAGUUAAAAGUGUUUUAAAUUUAGUUAAAUACGCUUUGAAAUCAGGAGUUCCAGAAAAUGGAGCUGAAGAUACUACUAAUAAUACUCCAGAAACAAGUGCUCUUUUAAGAAAAUUAGCUCAAGAUUCAAUUGUUUUACUUAAAAAUGAAGAUAAUGUCUUACCUUUAAAGAAAUCUGAAACCGUGGCUGUCAUUGGUCCAAACGCUAAAUACCCUGCUUAUUGUGGUGGUGGUUCAGCUUCUUUAAGAGCUUAUUAUACUACUACUCCUUUUGAUUCAAUUACUGAAAAAUUAGAUGGUAAAAAACCACCAUAUUCAGUGGGGGCCAAUGGUCAUAGAUUAUUACCUGGUUUAGCUAGUAAUUUAAUCAAUCCAGUAACCGGAAAAGCUGGUUAUAAUUUGAAAUUUUAUAAAGAACCAAGUGAUAAAGCUAAGAGAACUUUAUUUGAUGAAUAUAAUUUAGAUAUUUCAACUGUCUUCCUUAUUGAUUAUUAUAAUGAUGAAGUUAAAGAUGAUUUAUAUUAUAUUGAUUUUGAAGGUGAUUUCACUCCAGAAGAAUCAGGUGAAUAUGAAUUCAGUGCUUCAGUAAUUGGUACUGCUCAAGUUUUUGUUGAAGAAAAAUUAGUGGUUGACAAUAAAACUGUUCAAAGAAGAGGUAAUUCCUUCUUUAAUUCUGGUUCUGAUGAAGUUAAAGGUAAGAUCGAUCUUGUAGAAGGUAAAACUUAUAAGAUCAAAAUUGAAUUUGGUUCUCGUCCAACUUUUACGAUUGCUCAAGGUGAAGCAAGUGUUAUCACUGGUGGUGGUGGUGUUAACUUAGGUUUACAAAAAGUGAUUGCUCCAGAAGAAGAAAUUAAAAAUGCUGUAGCCAUUGCUAAAUCAGUUGAUAAAGUCGUGUUGAACAUUGGUUUAAAUCAAGAAUGGGAAUCAGAAGGUUUUGAUAGAACUCAUAUGGAUUUAGUCGGUGUUCAAAAUGAAUUAAUCGAAGCUGUUUUAGAAGCCAAUCCAAACACUGUUAUUGUCAAUCAAUCUGGUACUCCAGUUGCAUUCCCAUGGUUAUCCAAAGCCAAAGCUUUAGUCCAUGCUUGGUAUGGUGGUAAUGAAGGUGGUAAUGCCAUUGCUGAUAUCUUAUACGGUGAUGCUAAUCCAAGUGGUAAAUUAUCCUUAACUUUCCCAUAUUUAAACAUUGAUAAUCCAGCUUAUUUACAUUUCAAGACUGAAAGAGGUAGAGUUUGGUAUACUGAAGAUAUCUUUGUUGGUUACAGAUUCUACGAAAAAUUAGAUAGAAAAGUUGCUUUCCCAUUCGGAUUUGGUCUUUCAUAUUCUGAAUUUGAAAUUUCUAACUUAAAUAUUAAAGUUGAUGAAGUCAAAGAUAAAUUAGAAGUCAAUGUCCAAGUCAAAAACAUUGGUAAAUUAGCUGGUUCAGAAGUUGUUCAAAUCUAUAUUGGUAAGAAGGAUUCUGAUGUCAUUAGACCUGUUAAAGUAUUGAAAGGUUUUGAAAAAGUAUUGCUUAAGGCAGGUGCUAAAGAAACUGUUACUUCAAGUUUAAGUUUGAAAGAAUCUGUUUCAUUCUUCGAUGAAUAUCAAGAAGAAUGGUCAGUUCAAUCUGGUGAAUACCAAGUUUACGUUGGUAAUAGUAGUGAUAACGCUACUACUGUCGGAACCUUCUCUGUUGAAAAGGCUUUCUUCUGGCUCGGUAAUUAAAGGGGAUAAUAAAAUAUAAAAAAGAUCUUGUUUGAUUAUAGUUUUAGUUUAGUUUAGAUAUGAAAAUGUAAAUGUAAAUGUAAACAAUUAUUUUAUUUUAAUCGUUGUGUGUAUGAAUUCUACAAGUAAGUGACUU